AUGGCGUCAGCGCUGCGCCCGAGGCGCCCGCGACCUAGGGAGUCGCAGUUCGCCCACGCGACCCUCGCCGACAAGUGGGGCGCGAAGGCGGCCCUCAAGGGCCCUGGCUUCGCGUGGGACGGCUCGGGGUACAGGGGCUCGCGGACGCAGGCCAUCGACGAGACGUCCAUGUUGCCUUGCGCCGAGGUUUUGAAGACCCUCCUCGAGGUUGCACCCUCGGGGUUUCCAGCGCAGAAGUGCUUGAAGGAUACCUUCCAGGAGCUGGACACGAGGCACGGCAUCCUCGCGUGCGACGUGCGCUUCCAGGAGAGGGCGGCCAGCCUGGCAGCAGACGCCUGGCGGGCCAUGGCGAAGCACCUCUACAACACAGCCCAGGCGGAGAAGGCUCUGAGCAACGAGGUGCUUCAGCAGCUGGUGAAGAUGAUCAGGCUUCCCUCUGCAGAAGAUGAUGGCGGUGCAGCUCUUGCCAGCGGCGGCUCCUUCGAGGGCUCGCCGUCGAUCGCGGCGGCGGCGGGCCCCGUGGAGGGCGAGGCCGCCGACGUGAGCGCGUCGGCGGUCAGGGUCGAGUUCUCCGACGACGACGUGGGGCUCUGCGGAAUGACGUGCAAUUGCAAAGCGUGCCGCGACGCACGCACCGUCGACCUCACGGCCGAAGAGGGCGGCGGCGAGCGGGCCCCGAUCCCGAACGCGGCCAUCGGGGGCCAGAAGCGCGAUACCAGGACCGCCCAGACGGCGCUGAAGGGCGGCAAGAGCAAGGGAAAGGGCAAGGGCGACGGGAAGGGCAAGAGCAAGAGCAAGACGAAGAGCCAGGCGAAGGGGAAGAGCAAGGGGAAGGGGGAGGGCAAGCGCAAGACGAAGAGCCAGGCGGGCAAGGGCAAGGACAAGCCAAAGAGAAGGCCGUCGACUCCCUGCACAGUCCGCAUGCGUUUGUUGGGCAAGACGCGCGAGACGGUUGCGGCGAGCCUGAAGCCCCCGAAGAAGGCCAAGGCGCCCCCGAAGCAGGAGGAUGAGGCCGUGGUCGAGAGCGGCAACAUCACCCUGCCCGCAACGGUCACCGUGAGGGAGCCGAACGGGAAGAGGCGUGGCGAGGCCUACUUGCUCGACGGCAACAAGAAGUACAUCAUGGGCAUCACCAGCAGGAGGACCGAGGAGUACAAAGAGGUCGUCGAGCGCGCCGCGGAGAAGAUCAACGGCACCAUCCUGAAGACGAAGGACGACCUCAGGAUGUGGUUCGACCAGCAGCUCGGGUUCGACACGAGACAGAUGCCCCCGAAGAGGGCUACGGCUACCAAGUCCGCCUCCCCCGCGAUCCACAGGGGGCCGAUGGGCCACUGCCUCGAGAAGAUGCAAGCAGCAGCGCGCGCAGGCACCACGGCAGUGCCCGUGAAAGCGGAGCCCGUCGACAGCAGCGGCGGCAGCUCCAGCGCGCCUGCCGCGGCAGCGGUGGUUCCGGCCACCGGAGACACCGACGGCCCCGCGGCCAAGGUAGCCAAGAGGGAGGGCGACAGGGUUCCCGACGAGGAGGCGCCCGCGCUAAAGGAGCCCAGGAUCCGCCCAGGAGCCCAGGCCGACGCCUCCGAGUGGGUCCACGACUGGAUCGAAUCCGAUAAGACGGCCUACAACGCCUUCAUGCACCGCCUGCGCAAGCAGGGCCAAGAGAGGAAGGCCAAGUGGAAGGAGAUCCAGAAGCUCGGCUGCGCGAUGGGCGCGGAAAAUUUCGCGGGCGAGAUCAUGCACGCGACGACGAGGCAGUCCGCGGAGUUCAACAACACGCUGACCCGCAACGAGACGCUCAAGGAGUGGACUACCUUCAAGAAGGCGCUGGAGAAGUACGACGAGGACGCGCUGAUGGCCAUGAUCAGGGCCAGAACCUCGGAGACCAAGCGCGACCCUGCCAUCCCUGAGUCCCUGAUGGUGCCGUGGCCCAAGUACUUGCAGGUGCGGCUGCGCUCGGAGAGCGAGCGCGAUCGUCACGACAAGGGCUUGCAGCUCGCGGACAACGCCAAUCUGGACGACGACGCCUACGACGAGAAGUACGCCGAGCAGAGCCGCGGUCACAACCAGCAGCAGGGGGGCCAACAGCAGCAGCAGCCGCCCCAGCAGCAGCAGUCGCUGCAGACGGAGCCAUCGGUCGAGAAGGCGAAGAUGCCCGAGGCCGCGGCCGUCGCCGUGAAGGCCGCGCGCGCGGCGCACGGAUACAUCGACAGGUUCGCUGACGAGCUCGAGGCGGCCAUCGAGUCCAGCUCGAAGAACGAGAACAGCAAGGGGUGCAAGAUCGAGAAUGACCUGGACGCGAUGAGGGGCACCCUUGCGGCCAAGGACAAGGAGCUCCUGACCAUCGAGAAGAAGUGCGUGAGCUCGAACGGAGCGGGCAUCACUGGCAAGGAGAUCCAGACGGCGGCGGACCUCGCCAAGGAGAUCGACGACGCGAUCAAGAACGGCCGCAAGAAGCUGGCGGCGCUCAGGUCGCUGUGGACGCUCUGA